GUGUGAAGGAUACCCUCCAGGAAAGAGGAGAUCGCGCGUAGGUCAAGGUCGUUGGGAUCGUUAGAUAUAGGCCUAAAAGGAUCUCUAGUGCGUCACAACCUCCCCUUCUUUUUGGGCGUUGAGAGAUCCACAUCCUCGUCUGACAGUCUCAAAAAAUGGCCAUGAUCUUAGAUGCCUCUGUGAGAAGAUUUGUUGGCAAGCUUUCAGAAUUUGUGGAAGGAGAGAUGUCGAUGAUGCUAGGCGUGAAGGAUGAGCUCAAGAAACUUCAAAGAAGAAUGGAGAGGGUAAGAGGUAUUCUUGAAUCUGCGGAGCAGAAGAGACAUACAUACCCGGAUAUCAAUAUAUGGGUGAGGGAGUUGAAAGAUGUCAUGUAUGAUGCGGACGAUAUCAUCGACUGUUGUAUGAUCGAAGGCAGGAGAUUGUUGGAAGAUCAUCCGUCCGAAUCAGCGGUACGCCGUCCCUUAUCUUUAUUUUCUUGCUUUAGCUGCAUCAAGUUCCGGCAUGAAAUUGGUCGCAAAAUUAGAAAACUUAAUGAAAGGUGGAAACAUACUGUAGAAGAUAUAUCAAUAUUGUCUAAACUAGAACCCGCUAGGCAAGGUGAUCAAGCCAGCGGAGCAAAUCAUCGCCAGACAUUUUCUAUUGAGGUCAAGUCUGAUAUUGUAGGGACACAAAUUGAAGAGGCCACCCAUGGUCUCGUGGAGUCCUUAAUUAAAGAAGACAAUAAAAAAUACCGAGUUUUGGGGAUCGUUGGGAUGGGUGGAAUUGGCAAGACCACUCUUGCUUCUCAUAUAUUUAAUGACGAAAAAAUAGAAGAAAACUUUUCUAAACGGGUAUGGGUGUGUAUUUCUCAAGAUUUUUCAGAAACAAAAUUGCUAGAAGCGAUAAUUAAGGGUAUGGGUGGAAAUUCUGGGGCGGCUGAAACUAUGGCAGAGCUUGUAUCCCGUCUUUCCUCUUUACUUUCAAAGAGAUACUUUAUUGUAUUAGAUGAUGUAUGGAAGGCAGAUGUUUGGGAGGAUUUGCUUAGAUAUCCCUUUGAAAAUGCAAGAGCUAAUGGUAGGAUUGUAAUUACCACUCGAGAUGAGAGUGUGGCUAGAAGUAUUAGAGCAGAGAUACAUCAUGUUGAUAAAAUGGAUGAUGACAGUUGCUGGAAAUUGCUCUACAAGAAUGUCUUUGAAGAUGAUGAUGAAGAGGAGGAGAUCUCCAGUUUUAAAAAGAUCGGGAUGAAAAUUGUUGAAAAAUGUGAUGGUCUUCCUCUUGCAGUCAAGGUUAUUGCAGGGGUUCUAAGAUCGAUGGAUAGAAACACCGUAGAAUGGAAUAAGGUUCUCGAAAGUGAUGCUUGGUCCAUGUGCCAACUUCAUGAAAAACUCCCAAGAGCUCUAUUUUUGAGUUAUGAAAAUUUACCAUCGGAUCUUAAACAGUGUUUUCUUUAUUGCUCGUUGUUUCCUGAGGACUAUAAAAUGCAUCGCAAGGAUCUCAUUCAUUAUUGGGUGGCCGAAGGUUUUGUAAAAGCAACACAGGGAGAUGCACUUAUGGAAGAUCUGGCAGAGGAUCACUAUAGGGAGUUAAUUUGGAGGAACCUUUUACAUGGUCAUAAUGGUCAUAAUGAUGACGAUUGGUGCACAAUGCACGAUCUGUUGCGCUCCCUUGCUCUUUUUUUGAUUCGUGAUGAGAGCAUUUUUCUUGGCGACGAGCAAACACCGAACACAAAUCCCUUGAGUAAACUUCGUCGCUUGUCGAUGGUGAACGCGGGGGAGAUGGUGGAAGUUCCUGACGUAAUAAAACAGCAAAAGUGCUUAAGAUCUCUUCUUGUUUGGCGUAGUUAUAAGACGAUGGUCCCGAAUGAGCUUUUUGAAAAUUUGAGAUAUCUGCGAGUCGUGAAGCUGACCAACACGAGACUUGAUAGCCUUCCGGAUUCUGUAGGAGAUCUUUUGCACCUGAGAUAUCUAAAUCUGUAUCGGGCGGAAAUCAAGGAGUUGCCAGAGUCCAUCGGGCGCCUCCUAAACUUGGAGAUACUAAACCUGUCGUAUUGUGAAUCCUUGCAUACUCUCCCCAAGGCCAUAACAAAAUUGUACAAUCUAAGAUGCCUUCGUCUCCAAAGAACACCAUUAACUCAUGUGCCAAAUGGAAUAGGCAAAUUACAACAUCUUAACCAUCUUGAAGGAUUUGUGGUCGGCCAUGAUGAUAGAACAGACGCGCAAGAUGACGAGGGGUGCGGUCUGGAGGAGCUACAAUCUCUGUCUCAGCUGAGAUACCUGUCGAUACAGAGUUUGGAGAGGGCACAACCAGGUGGGGAUUUGGUACUCGGAAACAGCCGCUCUCUGAGGACACUAAUUUUGAAUGGUAAAAGACCACCUAGAAAUCUGGAAGAAGCAAUUGCAAUCCAGAGAAAUGAUGAGAUUUAUAAUGAGCUCUCUCCUCAAUCCACCCACCUACAGAAACUUGAGAUUCAUAACUUCGUUGGUACUGGAUUUUUCAGCUGGAUGAUGUCCUCUCCUUUGAGUGCCUCUUUUCCUAACCUGGCAUCCAUAACACUGGAUAAUUGUAUAUCAUUCCCGCAGCUUCCUCCACUGGGCCUGUUGCCUCAGUUGAAAUUUCUUUAUGUUAAGCAAGCAUAUGGAAUUAAAACCAUCGGACCUGAAUUCCUUGGCCCCCAUGCAUCGUCAGCAGCGACUUCAUUUCCCAAGCUUGAAAAGUUGACAUUUCAAUGGAUGUUCAACUGGGAAGAAUGGUCGUUUGGUAUGGUGGAGGGGGUUGGUGAAGAAAGAAGGGUAGCCCCCAAAUUGCUGCCUCGUCUGACGACGUUGACACUUGAUUCUUGUCCCAAGCUGAGAGUUAUUCCUCCACUAGGCCUGUUGCCCCAGCUGAAAUCCCUCAAGAUUGUAGGAGCAGAUGCAAUCAAAACCAUCGGACCUGAAUUUCUUGGCCCCCGUUCAUCGUCAGCAGCGGCUUCAUUUCCCAAACUUGAAGGCCUUUGUUGUCAUGUGGACAACUGGGAAGUUUUGUUCUUUGGUAUGGUGGAGGGGGUCGGUGAAGAAAAAAGAGUAGCCCCCAACUUGCCGCCUCAUCUAAUGAACUUGUCUCUUCUUGCUUCUCCCAAGUUGAGAGCUCUUCCAGAAGGCCUACGACUUGCCACCAAUUUACAGAGAUUGGUUAUCAAUCAUGCACACAACUUAAAAGAAAUCAACAACCUUCCCUCAUUGAAAUCUCUGACAAUAUUCGAUUGUCCGAGGUUGGAGCAUGUGGAGAAUCUUGAUAAGUUGCAAUUUCUGAUGAUACAAUUUUCUCGUUCCACAAACACAUCCACCACCGAUACUGAUGGACCGACAGAGCGCCUCCCACAGGGGUUAUUGGCGCUACUCCAAAAUGCCCCGGCUGCUACGCAGAAUCUCAAAGAAUUUAAAUUAAUAUGCGGGUUACCACUCCUUAAGACCUUCCUCAAGGACGGCCCCAACUGGUCCAUCAUUCAGCCGAUCCCCCGGGUCGAGAUCGGAGAGUAUUGGCGUCCAAGUCGCAGGUCAUCAUAUAUUCGGUAUACCAGGGACCCUCCCACCUUUGAAACGCAUAUAGAGAAGGAAUCUGAAGAAUCGAAAAAAUGCUAGAGCAUCCUCUCUUCAUCGAGUUACAAAUGCUCGUGGAAUAGGCGGUUGAGACGGGAAUGUCUCUCAGGAUCAUGGGAUCAGUGGGUUCAGAAUUUUUACCAUCUUUUGUAAUUAUUUAAAUCUCUGUAUUGGACUUUCUGAUUUCUUUUUCCUAGUAUUGUGAUGCAGCUGCAGCUUUCCUGAAGAAAUUGUCAUUUGCUUUGAGUAUAAUUUUUCUUUUGAGUGUAACUAUUAAGAAUUGGUUUAUCCACUAUAGUUAUCUUCUCCAUUAUGUUGUUGUAACACAA